UUCGGCUCGGUUGACGUCACCGAGGCGGGUUCCUGCCAGUGUCGCUGUGUCCCCCAGCUCUCGUUGUGCACCUGCCCGUUGUUUGAGGGAGCGCGCGGCGCGUGCGCGACUCAUACCUGGUUCUCGUGAGCUGGGGACAGCCGUGCGGCACGGACAGGUCUCUGGAUGAUGUGUUUAAUAUGGCCAGCGACCCUCUGGAAGGCUUUCAUGAAGUAAACCUUGCUUCACCUACUACUCCAGACCUCGGCGUGAAUGACAUUCGCACUCGUGAACCAACUACCUCACCCACUGUCGUGUACAGACCCCAUUUAACUGUAAGCUCAAACAUUCUUCAACCGAAUACACUAAAUGCAUCAGACCUACCAACACAACCCGUGUACUCUUCUCCAAGGCAUUUAAACUGCGGGGACAUUUCUGGGAUAAGCAUUACUUUAGCAGAUCCUUCAUCAUGCUCUACCUCUGGAUGUCACUCGUGUUCCCCCAAACACAGCAGACGAAAGGACAGCAACCGUGCAGAGAGGGAGUUUUUGCAAGGUGCUGCCUUAACAGAUGUAGUAGAUGGGACAGAUGACGUGCUUGGUUGGAGUACAGACAGCCUGUCCCACUUAAGGAGUCCUUCUGUCUUGGAGGUCCGAGAGAAAGGAUAUGAAAGGCUAAAGGAAGAGUUGGCUAAAGCUCAGAGAGAGCUGAAGCUGAAAGAUGAAGAGUGUGAAAGACUUUCCAAAGUACGAGACCAGCUGGGACAAGAGCUUGAGGAGCUAACUGCAAGCUUGUUUGAAGAGGCACACAAAAUGGUUCGGGAAGCAAAUGUUAAACAAGCUACAGCUGAGAAGCAGUUGAAGGAAGCACAAGGGAAGAUUGAUGUGUUACAGGCAGAAGUAGCUGCUCUAAAGACUCUGGUUCUUUCCACCUCCCCAACUUCCCCUACCAAAGAACUGCAACCAGGUGGGAAGGCUCCAUUCAAAAAGGGCCAUGCACGGAACAAAAGUACAAGCAGUGCUAUGGGAGCUGCCUCUUUAGAUCUCACUGUAAUGCAGCCAAUUGUGAAGAAAUGUAAAGAGCCUGAUUUAUCACUGUAUAAUGAAUUCAGAGCAUGGCGAGAGGAGCCUUCAAUGUCCAGGACGUGUCCGUUUUUAGAAAGAAUUUAUCAGGAAGACAUCUGCCCCUGCUUAACAUUCCCCAAAACCGAGUUGGCAUCUUCUGUUUUGGAGGCUGUUGAAAACAAUACAUUAAGCAUCGAGCCAGCUGGUCUGCAACCUGUUCGAUUUGUGAAAGCAUCAGCUGUUGAAUGUGGGGGGCCAAAGAAGUGCGCACUGAGUGGUCAAACAAAAUCAUGUAAGCAUAGGAUCAAGCUUGGAGAUUCCAGCAAUUACUAUUAUAUUUCGCCGUGUUGUAGAUACAGGAUUACAUCAGUUUGUAACUUUUUCACAUAUAUCCGGUAUAUCCACCAAGGACUUGUAAAGCAGCAGGAUGUUGAUCAGAUGUUCUGGGAGGUCAUGCAACUGAGAAAAGAAAUGUCUCGAGCAAAACUUGGAUUUUUCAAGGAUGACAUUUAGGACAAUAAAAUGGCUUUCAUAGACUUUGUUUAUUCCACCCUAGGAACCUGGAGAGCACACAGCGUGUUACAUGUCUCUGCCGGUGAAGUGGCUGCGUAUUGCAAAAUAUGUCUUUCCUCUGUAAUUUGCAAAUUGCACUAAGAGAUACUUUAAGACUGACCUGUCCUUUGUGUGCUUUUAAGAGACCAUUUGCUGCUGAGAUUCUGAACCAUAUCUGCAGGCAUUAUCUGUAACUUAUUGUUGCAAAUUUCAAGAAAUAAAUGGUAGGUUGAAGAA